GACUUUCCAGCCGGCGGCGGCGGCGGCCGCCGGCCCUUCCCCGCCCCCCGACAUGGGGCUGCCCGGGGAGCAGGACGCUGCGGACCGCGGCGGAGGACGCGCCCGGCGCCCCUGAGCCGGCCGAGCGGCGCGGACGCGGAUGAGGAAACUGAGGCCCAGAGAAGUUAUGCCACUUGGUUAAGGUCCCAAAGCAGCUGCACUUCCGCCUGCCUACGGUAUUUUCCAGCGAAGCUAAGUGCCCAGCGGUCUCCAGGGGUGAACUUGAAUCAUCACCUAUCGAAUCAAGGAGUUGGAAACUACUAAGAACAGAUGACUUUGUAUGGGUCCUUCCUUCCUCUGCUCUUCCCUCAAGUUCUUUUUCAUGUAAGGGACUCCACUACACUAUCUGAAGAAGGAUAAGGUUGACGCUGCUUUGCUUUUUCUUUAUUGAAAUCUCUUCCCGCCUGAUCAAGCUUAGAUACAUCUUCUUACGGCAUAUGACACACAGGAUGGAGCCGAGUAAAAAGCUGGACGCAGCCGGCACCCUGCCAGCCAACCCCCCACUGAAGCUGCACCCUGACCGCAGCGCCGGGCCUGCCGUCCUGGUCCCCGAGCAGGGGGGCUACAAGGAGCGCUUCGUGAAGGCCGUGGAGGACAAGUACAAGUGUGAGAAGUGCCGCCUGGUGCUCUGCAACCCCAAGCAGACCGAGUGCGGACACCGCUUCUGCGAGACCUGCAUGGGCGCCCUGCUCAGCUCCUCCAGCCCGAAAUGCACUGCGUGUCGAGAAGGCAUCAGCAAAGACAAGGUGUUUAAGGAUAAUUGCUGCAAGAGAGAGAUUCUGGCCCUUCAGAUAUACUGUAGGAACGAAGGCAGAGGCUGUGUAGAGCAGUUAGCACUGGGGCACCUGCUGGUGCAUUUGAAAAAUGAUUGCCAGUUUGAGGAGCUCUUGUGUGUCCGUGCCGACUGCAAAGAGAAGGUACUGAGGAAGGACCUGCGUGACCAUGUGGACAAGGCCUGUAAAUACCGUGAGGCCACGUGCAGCCACUGCAAAAGCCAGGUCCCGAUGAUCACGUUGCAGAAACACGAAGACACCGAGUGUCCCUGCGUGGUGGUGUCCUGCCCUCAUAAGUGCAGUGUCCAGACCCUUCUGAGGAGCGAGUUGAGUGCACACUUGUCAGAGUGUGUCAAUGCCCCCAGCACCUGUAGUUUUAAGCGCUAUGGCUGCGUUUUUCAGGGGACAAACCAGCAGAUUAAGGCCCAUGAGGCCAGCUCCGCGGUGCAGCAUGUCAACUUACUCAAAGAAUGGAGCAACUCUCUAGAGAAAAAGGUUUCCUUGCUGCAGAAUGAAAGUGUAGAAAAAAACAAGAGCAUACAGAGUUUGCACAACCAGAUAUGUAGCUUUGAAAUUGAAAUUGAGAGACAAAAGGAAAUGCUUCGAAAUAAUGAAUCCAAAAUACUUCAUUUACAGCGAGUAAUAGACAGCCAAGCAGAGAAACUGAAGGAGCUCGACAAAGAGAUCCGCCCCUUCCGGCAGAGCUGGGAGGAAGCAGGCAGCAUGAAGAGCAGCGUGGAGUCCCUCCAGAACCGGGUGACCGAGCUGGAGAGCGUGGACAAAAGCGCGGGGCAGGCGGCUCGGAACACAGGCCUGCUGGAGUCCCAGCUGAGCCGGCACGACCAGAUGCUCAGUGUCCACGACAUCCGCCUGGCCGACAUGGACCUGCGGUUCCAGGUCCUGGAGACCGCCAGCUACAACGGCGUGCUGAUCUGGAAGAUCCGGGAUUACAAGCGGCGGAAGCAGGAGGCCGUCAUGGGGAAGACCCUGUCCCUCUACAGCCAGCCUUUCUACACCGGCUAUUUCGGCUACAAGAUGUGCGCCAGGGUCUACCUGAACGGGGAUGGCAUGGGCAAGGGGACGCACCUGUCGCUGUUUUUUGUCAUCAUGCGUGGAGAAUACGACGCUCUGCUUCCCUGGCCGUUCAAGCAGAAGGUGACGCUCAUGCUGAUGGACCAGGGGUCCUCCCGGCGACACUUGGGGGACGCUUUCAAGCCGGACCCCAACAGCAGCAGCUUCAAGAAGCCCACCGGCGAGAUGAACAUCGCUUCCGGCUGCCCAGUCUUCGUGGCCCAGACUGUGCUGGAAAACGGGACGUACAUUAAAGAUGACACCAUUUUCAUCAAAGUCAUAGUGGAUACUUCGGACCUGCCUGACCCCUGACGAGUCUCUGGGGAGGCGGAUUGCGCAGAAGGCAGCUCCUCUGGGGGGUUUGAACCGGCCGCCUCCCCCGAGGUCCUCGCGCCCAGAACAGGACCUGGUGGAGCCGAGGAAGCGGCAGAAGGUGGCCGCGGGCCGGCGGGAGGAGCCACGCAUCAGGACACACACACCAUGUUUUCUAAUAGACUAGCAACACUUCACUCGGAAGAAUUAUUUAUCCUUCGACGAGAGAAAUACUGCUGUCAGAGAAGGUUUUCGUUUUCAUUUUUAAAGAUCUAGUUAAUUAAGGUGGAAAACAUAUAUGCUAAAGAAAAGAACCAUGAUUUUUCUUCCUUAAACACCAAAAAAAGAACACACACACACACACACACACACACACACACACACACGCACACACCUGGGGAUAGCUGGACAUGUCAGCAUGUUAAGUAAAAGGAGAAUUUAUGAAAUCAUAAUGCAGUUCUGCUAUAUUCAUUCUAAGAUUCAAGAGUGCAGUCCUGUUUCAAACAUAGCCCGUUGUCUGUUUUAAGGCCUCAUCUGGUCUCUGCUUCAAUACUCUGUCAGAAGACCCUGAAGUGCACCUAGGUCUUUUUUGAAAGUCUCUAAAUUCAGAAUCGUUUUUUAAUUUAAAGUUCUAAGAUAAUUGUUACUGCAAACAUUUCAUUUUAAAACGUUGAUAGACUGAUAUUUCUUGGAAGAAAAUGUAAAAUAUCAAACACUGGUUAUCACUUGUGAUAGGAAAGAGAAUAUUCAAUCUGUUGUUAUUUCUCGUUAGAAAUGUAAACCUUCAAUACCUGUCGUAGUUAAUGACACUACUUCAAAAUUGUUACGAAAGGAAAA